UGGCAUUAAAUGCUGUGCCCGAUACGAAUCAAUGUCAUCAGUGACCUCGUUCAGUGUUUAACGUCGCAUCACAACAAACCUUUGGAGAUUGAAUUUGGUGAGCGGCUUAAUGAAUAUCCUGAGUGCGGCAAGUGGUCGAUUGUUAAGGCACGUUGAGUGUCGUAAUCAGAAAGAAUGGCUCAGGUACGAGAGGUAUGAAACGCAACUCUAUCCCUCCUUUCGACGUGUGUUCGUGCUGCCAACAGCCGAAGUUUCAAGUUGAGGUGUAGGCACGCGGCCCCUGUCCGUCCCGCGGCGCCAACACCAGUUUUCUAAGCAGCCACAGAGGAGAAGCUUGGCGGUAGCAGGUAUCCACCGGUUAACUACCGGUGUACCUUUGCCACUCAGCCAUUCGUUGGCCUAUCAUCUCUGUACCCCCAACAUUAACCAAAGAAGAUUAGUAGUAAAAAGAACUGGCAGAAUAUAGGGAUAGCUCAGCGGGUACCGAUCGUAAUCUUACCGCUAGUUAAAACGACUGUGACAAUGAGUUUUUCCAGCGACGAAGUGAACUUUCUCGUUUAUCGUUAUCUACAGGAGUCCGGCUUCUUUCACUCGGCAUACACAUUCGGUAUAGAGUCGCAUAUUUCCCAAUCAAACAUAAAUGGAGCUCUUGUGCCACCAGCAGCUCUGUUGUCGAUCAUUCAAAAGGGCCUACAAUAUACGGAAGCUGAAAUCUCUAUCGGAGAAGAUGGCUCCGAACGGAUGAUCGAGUCUUUAUCGCUUAUCGACGCUGUUAUGCCAGACGUUGUUGCUGCACGACAACAGGCGGCUCACCAAAAAGCCAAACAGGACCAAGCGGCCAACGCUACGCCCGCAGCGAGUAAUAAUCGAGGCAACAGUAACACACCACAUAAUGGUGACAAUAACGGUACCGCACCAGCUGCUAACGCCACCAAUGGAGACGUUAAAGCCAACCAUUCUGUAGAAACUCCGACGACAUCUUCCGUCACUCCAACUGUGGCUACUCCUAUGGAUACCUCAACUAGGACACCAACAACGGCCGCGAGCAACAAUAAUGAAGAUAGUAACAGCAGCGUCAAGCAACUGAAUGCAUCAUCAGGAAAUACAGCGAUUAUCGCAGGCAACGCAGCUAACAGUGCUAGCAAUCCUACGCCUCCUGCUGCUGUACCCGGUGGUGCUGCAGAUCCACCAGUGGCAGCUGAACAGCCUGCUGGCGGAUUACCUGCGGGUGCUGGACUGUUAGGUAUCGGCUCUAUCGACAUACCCUCAUCGCGAGCAACGAUUCUUAGGGGGCACGAGAGCGAAGUCUUCAUAUGCGCAUGGAAUCCCACCUCGGACCUUUUGGCCUCUGGAAGUGGCGACUCAACUGCCAGGAUCUGGAAUCUUAACGAAAGUCAACCUACUUCUGCUACGGGACCUAACCAGCAACUGGUUUUACGCCACUGCAUCCAGCGCGGGGGAGCGGAGGUUCCAAGUAAUAAGGAUGUCACCUCACUGGAUUGGAACUCGGAAGGUACUCUAUUAGCUACGGGUUCGUACGAUGGGUUCGCCCGCAUUUGGACAACGGAAGGACGUCUGGCCAGUACUCUUGGUCAGCACAAGGGGCCAAUAUUUGCGCUAAAAUGGAAUAAAAAAGGAAAUUAUAUCCUAUCAGCUGGUGUAGAUAAGACGACAAUUAUCUGGGACGCUUCCACGGGUAAUUGCACGCAACAGUUUGCAUUUCACACGGCGCCUGCUCUUGACGUCGACUGGCAAAGCAAUGUUAGUUUUGCUUCUUGUUCAACGGAUCAGUGCAUUCAUGUGUGCAAGUUAGGAGUGGAUAAACCAAUAAAAACCUUUAUGGGUCAUACAAACGAGGUAAAUGCUAUUAAAUGGGACCCUCAAGGUGUGCUGCUCGCAUCCUGCUCAGAUGAUAUGACGCUAAAGAUAUGGACACCCAGGGAAUCUCCUCAUGGAGGCCUCGUGCAUGAUCUUCAGGCGCAUCAUAAGGAAAUAUACACGAUCAAGUGGAGUCCUACCGGUCCACAAACGGCGAACCCCAAUAUCAACUUAGUGCUUGCAUCAGCAUCGUUCGAUUCAACGGUUCGGCUGUGGGAAGUGGAGUUGGGUCAAUGUUUAUACACUCUAACAAAGCAUUCAGAACCGGUGUACUCGGUAGCGUUCUCUCCUGACGGCCGUUAUUUAGCGAGCGGCUCAUUUGAUAAGUGUGUUCACAUAUGGAACACGACGACAGGUCAACUGAUGCAUUCGUAUAAAGGAACCGGAGGUAUCUUUGAAGUGUGUUGGAAUGCAAAGGGUGACAAAGUCGGAGCUUCUGCAUCAGACGGAUCAGUGUUUGUACUGGACCUUCGAAGAAUGUAAUCUGAAAAAUGGUGAAUACAAUUCUGCUGUAAUGGCUGUCAUCACUAGCGGAAAAUCAUGUGAGAAGACCAAACGAGGAAAAGGGGGUGCAGCAUUCGGUUUACUUCUGCUCUAUGGAAUAACGCUAAUAUUACUAUAGUUGCUAGUUUUAUUCUAUAUUGUAGGUUAGCCUGUCCGCACUUAAAUGGUUCUAUUGUUUUGCUAGCUGGACGAUAAAAAAAAAAAAAUAUAUAUAUAUAUAUAUAUAUAUAUAUAUAUAUAUAUAUAUUGUAGACUUCACUUAACAAGAUUAUCAGAAGUAAUAAAUUUAAUAACAUAUAUACGGCCACGUAAUUGUUGUUUAAAGUGUAUGAAUGAUCACCAAUUGACUCGAUUUGAUUCAUCCCGUUUGUAAAAGAAAAACAAUCGGACUUUUGUCCUAAUUGACGAGGUUACUUCUCUUCAAAAAUGUUAAAUUCUAAUCAGUUUGUGUCAUGAAUCAAUUCAAGUUAUGCCGAGCUAAAAUGGGUGUAUGUAAACAAGAUGUUUAAUAUUAGGACGGGUAUGCCAGCAAGACGCUGACCAUAAGUGAGUAAGCUAUAAAACAGAAGGCUAAAGAAAAGCGAAUGGGUAUAUCUGAGUGGAUGUUUCCAUUGUUGUUGUCGUUGUAGGAUUUUUCCUUUCAUGAACGUGCAUAAAAUUCGUGCAAAAGGAAGCGCGAAAGAAUUUUUUGAGAGUUCAUUUUUCUGCUGCUGCUAGAAAAAAAACUGUGUGAUCAAUAACAGUUCACUACUUCGAGACAAAUAUAAUUAUAAAGAUGUGAUGUUGAAACAAAAAAAGAGAUAUGACAAGACAAGCGCAUAUAAAUAAUAAAUACUUGUGACAAGAGCGAAGCGUGAGCGUUUACGAGUAUGGUAUGACAAAUUUAUAUAAAAAUGAAUUUGUCGCUGCCUGUAGAGUACCCAUGUUGUAAAGAAAUGAUGGAGCGUUGAGCACUCCACCUGUACACAGCCGAAAAACAUACAAAAAAA